AAACAUCAAAGAUGGCGGUUCACGAAUCGCUCCAUCUUCAUGUGACCUCAGACAAAUUUUAUAUUCAGCCCGUGGAUUCUGGGAUAGAUGAAUUAUUGGUAUUAGAUAGAGUGUCACAAGAAAUUAGUCUUCAGGCAAACAAAGGGCAGCUUCCAACUUCCAGUAUAACCAAACCUAUCUAUGGCGUAUUUGGGAUUAUUAGGCUCAUAGCAGGACCUUACCUCAUUGUUAUCACGAAAAGGGAAAAGAUUGGUGAGAUAAAUGGUCACACAGUGUGGAAGGUGGCUGGCACUGAGGUGUUAUCCUUUAAAAGGACUCUGCUGCAUCUAACAGAACAACAGAAUGUACACAACAAGUCCUAUUUGAACAUGUUGGAGUAUGCUCUGAGGAUGGAGAGCUAUUACUACUGCACCAACUUUGAUCUGACUCACAGUCUCCAGAGGCUGUAUAACACAAGCCCCGACUUCCACACAAUGUCACUGGUAGAAAGGGCUGAUCCCAGAUUUAUGUGGAAUGGACACCUGUUAAGAGAACUAUCCCAGUUAUCAGAUAUGGGACGCUAUUGUUUACCUGUAGUGCAUGGCUUCAUAGAAUGUCAGUCAUGUAGCAUCAACAAUAAGACGUUUGACUACAUCCUGGUCUCCCGACGUUCUGUAUACAGAGCUGGCACUCGGUUUUAUGUCCGAGGUAUUGACACAGAGGGACAGGUGGCCAACUUUGUGGAAACAGAACAAAUAAUACAAUAUGAAGGAAACAAGUGUUCAUAUGUUCAGAUCCGAGGUUCCAUUCCACUGUUUUGGACACAAAGACCUAAUCUGCAAUAUAAACCCAAGUUCAAACUUAACACAUCUAGUCAUAUAGAGGUCUUCCAAAGACAUUUCGAUGAUUUAGUUUUUAACUAUGGAGACCAAGUCUUAAUAAAUUUGAUAAACCACACUGGUGGGGAAGGACAGCUUGAGAAGGCCUUCUCUCAGUCAGUUACAAACACUCAAAACCCCAAAAUCAGGUAUGAGUAUUUUGACUUUCACCAUGAAUGUCGAAAAAUGAGAUGGGACCGACUGUCCAUUCUAACAGACAGGCUUGGAGAAGACAUUAAAAGAUUUGGGUAUUUUGCUCUGUCAAAGGAUGGGACUUGUUUAAGUCAGCAGGAAGGAGUUUUCAGGACAAAUUGUAUAGACUGUCUGGAUCGUACCAAUGUAGUUCAGGGUUUACUUGCCAGGAUCAUUCUAGAAAAACAGCUAACGCGUCUUGGUGUUCUAGAGGCCAGCCAGAGAAUAACAGACAUGAAAACUUUCAUAUCUAAAUUCAACAACAUUUGGGCAGACAAUGCAGAUGCAGUAUCCAAACAGUAUGCAGGCACUGGUGCAUUGAAAACAGAUUUCACAAGGCAAGGAAAGAGGACGAAAAUGGGACUUCUCAUGGAUGGUUGGAAUUCUUUAAUCAGAUAUUUUAAGAAUAACUUUGGGGAUGGUUUUCGUCAGGAUGCCAUUGACCUUAUCCUUGGAAACUAUAUUGUGGAAGAAAAUGAAGGAAUUUCUAGACCUUCUCCUCUGCAGGCAGAGAGAGAUUGGAAGUUUUAUGCUGUACCUGUGAUAUUUGUGAUUGCUCUGGGAAUGUGUUUGAUCAGUAUAUUGUUGCCAGAUGAAUCCUGGAGUGAGCAGUUCAUGUACAUUUUGUUCUGGGGCACUGCCAGUGUUGUAUCUUUAGCUGUGAUUUACAUCUACGGAAUCGAAUUUGUUGACCAACCGAAACUUGUCCAUACACAUGCCAGAGUGAAUGGUGCUGUUAUGUAUGAUGCUCCAAAAUCAGCUUAAUACAUGUACUGGGGAAUGUUUAUUCCAUAAAAAAGGAAAAAACAUGUUUAAUACCUAGCAUAUCUCCUUCUUCUUUUUUUUUUAAGAGUCUCUGAUUGUUUUCAAGUGUUGUUCAUAUAUCAUCAAUAAAUCUACCUUAAAACCAGACAUUUCGAUUCAUAUGUUUUACCCUUAGUAAAUUAUUACGAUGACACAAUUUUCUUUUGACAUUGCGUACAUUUAUUGAUGAAAUUCUCUCAAUUAUUAAACCGUACAUUUCAUGUUUCUGUGAUCUUUUCUGUGUUACAGAUGUGAAUUCAGUAGUCAGUAGAUGAAUUGUCCAUGACCUAUAAAUUUUUUUUAAUGGCAUUUUUCAGAGUACUGAGUCUAAAUUCAAUUUCAGUUCUUUUAAAAAAUUUUGAACAUGUGCAUGCAAUUUUGAAAGUACAUGUAUGUGUACCAGUAGACAAGAAUUAAUUGUAUUUGUAAAUUCUCAUAAGUUCUCUCCUUUUUUAUAUGUAAUGAUAGUCUCUCAGUCAUUACAAAAGGUAUAUCUUACUGUUCUGCCACAAGUUCAUUUAGUUUAAACAAUAUUGGAAUUAAAAAAAAAAGAGCAUAUUUUGAAAGGCCUACUGAGGUAUAAAUUUUCCGAACUUCUUGGAAUACCAACAAUGUUUCUAUUUAUGUUAAAAUUGUGAAAGUAUUAUUUUUCAUGAACACUCUGAAAAAAGAACAACCUACACACACACACUUAACAGAGUAAACUUUUGAUAUCUUUAUGCCACAGUGUAGCUUUGAAAGUGCUUACCGGUACAUUAGUUUUAACAACCUUUACAUAUCAAAUAAUGUUAAAUGAAGGCUUGUGCCAUAUACUCUCCAGUUAAGAUGUUCAGAAAGUACCCAUACAACCUUAUUUAAUUAGGGAUUUUUUUCCUAAUGAACAAAUUACAUGAAAAAUUAUGGUAUGAUUGACCAACUAAUCAGAAAAAAUUGUACUUUUAUAACUGUCUGGCAUUGGUACACAAUGUGUGGAGGUUACAAUGGCAGGCAUCUGCUUUGUGUGCAUGCUCAAGGAAUAAAAAAGAAAAAAAAACAUUUCUAGAAGACAAGUAAUGUGAUUUUUAGAAAAAGUUUAUUGGAAUAAGAAGUUUGUGCAUUUUUUUCUAAGUCUGUCUGAGAAUUUCAACAGUAAAUGUUAUAUUCCUUUAGACAUAAUUUCAAAAAAAAAGGAAUAUUAGAACUCCGCCAUAAAUUUUUGUAUUUAGAGAGAGUAGUUUUUAUUUAUAAGAAUUAUUCAUUUAUGGAAUUGAAUAUUAU